CUUUAUUUAAGAAUAUUUUCCCAGCAGCUUCGGAAAGGGGUCAACGAGGCCACCCUCAACAGAGGCAUCUCAGAGUUCAUUGUGAUGGCUGCAGACGCCAAGACCCUGGAGAUCAUUUUGCAUCUCCCGCUGCUGUGUGAGGACAAGAACGUGCCCUACGUGUUUGUGCGCUCCAAGCAGGCCCUGGGCCGGGCCUGUGGGGUCUCGAGGCCUGUCAUCGCCUGUUCCGUCGCCAUCAAAGAAGGGUCACAACUGAAGCAGCAGAUCCAGUCCAUUCAGCAAUCCAUCAAGAGGCUCUUGGUGCCACCGCGCCCUCCACGCCCUCAAGCUGACCCCUCCCUGAGCCGGAGGCCCUGUAUCAUAGUGUCUGUUAGUGUAGCCUUUUCAGCUGCUUUCUAUUAUAAAAUACCGUAG